AUGGAGUUGGAACCAUUUUGUGUCAAAUCUCCUGGAGACCUCGUCGAUCUCAUCUCUCGUUUCACGACGAAUGCUUUCACGCUAACCUCUUCUUCCCUAAGCGCCAUUGGAGUAGCGAUAUCUCCAACGGUGGCUCUCGUGAACCAUUCCUGCGACCCGAACGUUGUUAUUGUCUUUCCUCGAAAUCCGAGUACUUCUCAUGCAGAGGAGCCCAUGAUGACGGUGGUCGCUAUCAAGCCUAUCUUGCCGGGUGAAGAAAUAUUGAGCGCAUACGUGGACGUCACCCAACCCCGAGAACUUCGACAGAAGGAGCUGAAGGAGACCUACAAUUUCACGUGUCAACAGGCACUUGACAAAGCCACUGUGCUACAAUAUGAAGAUCCCGUCAAGGCGCAGCGGCUCACUACAAACAUUAUUCCCCUACUAGACUCCGCUCGUCUCACUCCGUCCUGUCAUCCGUUUCUCGCCUUGAGCCGGUUGCAUAAAGAGCUUCGAAUCGCUUAUCUGGGCACUUCCUUGACCCAAGAAAAUUUAGACGAGACUAUCCGCGCCACAGCCAAAUACAGCUCGGGACUAAUCGGUGUCCUGGCACCUGGACAUCCGGUGCGCGGGACAGCUCUUGCCGAACUAGGGAAGCUGCUGGCCGUAGACGAAAUCUCGCCGCUGUCGGAUACGACGCUUCGCGGAGACCAGUUCCCGCCGUCAGGUCCGGCACGUCUCAAACUCGCCCACGAGACGCUGGUACGUGCGCUCAGUGAGUUAGUGGUUGGGUUUGGAACGGACACGGGUGGAGGCGAGGUGGGCCGAGACGUUCGGGAGACCGUCGUCAAGUUGGAAAAGGAACUAGAAGUUUGGACCCAUGGCGUGAAGAAUGUUCUUGAAGACGGCAGCUUUAGGAUGUCUAUUGGAGCGUAA